AUGUCGUGUGCCGCCGCAUUCUCGCUCCUCGUCACGCUCGCCGCCUCUGUUACGCCGGCGGCGUCUCAGGGAGCCGGCGACGCGGCCGUCCUGCGCGCCUUCCUCACUUCCCUGCCGCCAGUCUCCCAGCGCGUCCUCCUUCCAUCGUGGAACGCCACCACCACCAACACCAGCGACACCGGGCCGAGCCACUGCGCGUUCCUCGGCGUCCAGUGCACCGCCACGGGAGCGGUCGCGGCGGUGAACCUCUCCGGGCAGGGGCUGUCUGGCGAGCUCGCGGCGUCCGCGCCUCGGCUCUGCGCUCUGCGGGCGCUCGCGACGCUCGACCUGAGCCUGAACAGCUUCACGGGCGCCGUGCCCGCCGCGCUCGCCGCGUGCUCCGAGCUCGCCACGCUCGAACUCAGCAACAACUCCCUCUCGGGCGCCAUCCCGCCCGAGGUCGCCGCGCUCCCGGGGCUCGCCUACCUGAGCCUCAGCGGGAACGGCCUCUCUGGGCCGGUCCCGGAGUUCCCGCUGCAUUGCAGGCUCCAGUACCUGAGCCUCUACGGCAACCAGAUCACCGGCGAGCUCCCCCUGGAGCCUCGGCAACUGCGACAACCUCACCGUCCUGUUCCUAUCCUCCAACAAGAUCGGGGGCACCCUGCCCGAUUUCUUCGGCUCCCUGACCAAGCUGCAGAAGCUCUUCCUCAACAGCAACUUUUCACCGGGACAAUUCCGGCGGUCAUCAGCAACCUCAGCAGACUGCAGUGGCUCACUAUCAAGGACACGUUCGUCACCGGCGAAAUUCCACCGGAGAUAGGGAAAUGCCAGGAGCUGGUCAUCCUUGACCUGCAGAACAACAACCUUACAGGGGUGAUACCACCGGAGAUCGCCGAGCUCAAGAAGCUGCAAUGGCUGUCCCUGUACCGCAAUAUGCUCCACGGACCUGUGCCUGCAGCACUGUGGCAGAUGCCGCAGCUGGAGAGGCUGGCGCUCUACAACAACAGCCUAAGUGGAGAGAUCCCUGCAGAGAUAAACCACAUGAGCAGCCUGAGAGAUCUCCUCCUGGCAUUCAACAGCUUCACCGGCGAGCUCCCACAAGACCUGGGGUUGAACACGACGCAUGGACUUGUUUGGGUCGACGUCAUGGGGAACCACUUCCAUGGCAAAAUCCCACCAGGUCUUUGCACUGGAGGUCAGCUCGCCAUUCUUGACCUUGCAUUGAACAGAUUCAGUGGGAGCAUUCCAAGUGAGAUCAUCAAGUGCCAGUCUCUGUGGAGAGCCCGUCUGGGAAACAACAUGUUCAACGGAAGCUUACCUUCAGAUUUGGGGAUAAACACUGGCUGGUCAUACGUGGAAUUGGGUGGCAAUCAGUUUGAGGGGAAGAUACCAAGUGUGCUCGGUUCAUGGCAGAACCUCACAGUGCUUGAUCUGUCUCGGAACAGCUUCUCUGGUCCCAUACCACCCGAGCUCGGCGCUCUAACCCUUCUUGGCAACCUGAACCUGUCGUCAAACAAGUUGUCUGGACCAAUACCACAUGAGUUGGGAAACUGCAGGAGACUUGUCCGUUUGGAUCUUCAGAACAACCUUCUCAACGGAACCAUACCUGCAGAGAUCAUAUCACUCAGUAGCCUACAGCAUCUGGUACUCAGUGGAAACAAGCUCAGCGGAGAGAUUCCAGACGCCUUCACCUCAACGCAGGGCCUCCUUGAGCUGCAGCUCGGCAGCAACUCUUUGGAAGGAGCUAUCCCUUGGAGCUUAGGCAAGCUUCAGUUCAUCUCUCAGAUCAUAAACAUCAGCAGCAACAUGCUGAGCGGCACGAUCCCAAGCAGCCUUGGCAAUCUUCAGAUGUUGGAAAUGCUUGACCUGUCAAAGAACUCCUUGUCUGGCCCAAUUCCAUCGCAACUGAGCAACAUGAUCUCACUCUCUGCGGUGAAUAUGUCGUUCAACCAGCUCUCUGGUCUGCUCCCUGCUGGCUGGGUUAAGCUUGCAGAACAUUCACCCAAGGGGUUUCUAGGAAACCCUCAGCUAUGCAUACAGUCUGAAAAUUCACCUUGCUCCAAGAACCAGUCCAGGAGGCGUAUAAGAAGGAACACACGGAUCAUUAUAGCAUUGCUACUGUCAUCUCUGGCUGUCAUGGUUUCUGGGCUGUGUGCAAUUCACUACAUGGUGAAGAGGUCACGGCGGCGCCUGUUGGCGAAACAUGUCUCGGUGCGUGGCCUGGACACGACAGAGGAAUUGCCUGAAGACCUGACCUAUGAUGACAUCCUUCGUGCCACUGACAACUGGAGCGAGAAGUAUGUGAUCGGGAGAGGCCGGCAUGGCACGGUCUACCGGACAGAGCUUGCUCCCGGAAGGCAGUGGGCAGUCAAGACAGUUGAUCUGUCCCAGAUCAAAUUCCCCAUCGAGAUGAAGAUUCUUAACAUGGUGAAGCACCGGAACAUCGUCAAGAUGGAGGGCUACUGCAUCCGUGGCAACUUUGGUGUGAUUCUCUCCGACUACAUGCCUGAAGGAACACUCUUUGAGCUAUUGCAUGGAAGAAAACCUCAAGUGCCUCUCGACUGGAAGGUCCGGCAUCAGAUCGCCCUUGGCGCAGCGCAGGGCUUGUCCUACCUGCACCAUGACUGUGUGCCGAUGAUUGUUCAUAGAGAUGUCAAGUCAAGCAACAUACUGAUGGAUGCGGAUUUGGUGCCUAAGAUCGCAGACUUUGGUAUGGGGAAGAUCGUAGGUGACGAGGAUGCAGAUGCAACGGUGUCAGUUGUUAUUGGCACCCUUGGCUACAUUGCUCCAGAGCAUGGAUACAACACAAGACUGACCGAGAAGAGUGACGUCUACAGCUACGGUGUGGUGCUGCUCGAGCUCCUGUGUAGGAAGAUGCCUGUCGAUCCUGCUUUCGGAGACGGCGUUGACAUUGUGGCAUGGAUGAGACUGAACCUGAAGCACGCUGAUUACUGCAGCGUGAUGAGCUUUCUAGAUGAGGAGAUCAUGUACUGGCCUGAAGAUGAGAAGGCAAAGGCGCUGGACUUGUUGGACCUGGCGAUUUCCUGCACUCAGGUGGCUUUCGAAUCUAGGCUUUCCAUGAGGGAGGUGGUGAGCACCUUGAUGAGGAUAGAUGAUCAGUAUAACAGAUAA